GGGCGGCCGCGGCCUGGACAGCGGCGCCGGGCGGGAGGCGCCGGCCGCCUGAUGAGGAGACAAAACAGCAAGAAUCUGGACCAGAAAAAAAUCCCACCAUGCAACCAAAUUGCAGUCAUCUCCACAACAUCCAAGGGAGUGGCGAUGACUCUUCAUCUUCUCAGAGCGCCCACGCAGCGAGGUUGUCAGGAGAGAGCUCAUGCCAUCAUAGCGGAGAUGUUCGCAUACAGCUAAACUCUGCUGUGGGAGAAGCCAGAGAAAACGCGAGUUCCCAGCAUUCGAGGCCAGGUUCCCAAAGUCGCUCGCAUGGACAUGCCCACAGCGAAGCAGGGGGGCUCGACGAUUCUGCUCCAGACUCAGAAGAACACAGCGGCAGCUCCCUCUCAGAGCUCAGAUACCUCCUCCAGUGGCUGCACAAAAGUCUGCCGUAUAUCUUGAUUCUGUGUGUCAAAUUGAUCAUGCAGCAUAUAAUUGGCAUUUCUCUUGGAAUUGGGCUGCUAACAACUUAUAUGUAUGCAAACAAAAGCAUAGUAAAUCAGGUUUUUCUAAGAGAACGGUGCUCCAAGUUGCAAUGUGCUUGGUUACUAGUAUACCUAACUGGAUCAUCUCUCCUCUUGUAUUACACCUUUCAUUCUCAGUCACUGUAUUACAGCUUAAUCUUCUUAAACCCUACUGUGGAUUUUAUGAACUUCUGGGAGGUACUUUGGAUUGUGGGAGUCACAGACUUUAUUCUGAAGUUCCUCUUCAUGGGCUUCAAGUGCUUUAUUCUCUUGGUGCCUUCUUUUAUGAUGUCCUUUAAAUCCAAGGGCUACUGGUACAUGCUGUUAGAAGAACUCUGCCAGUAUUACCGUAUGUUUGUCCCCAUACCAGUUUGGUUCCGUUAUCUUAUUGGCUAUGGGGAGCUGGACAGCGUACUAGGAUGGACCCUUGGGAUAUUGCUGGGCCUUCUCUACCUCAUCCUAAAACUUUUGAGCUUUUUUGGACAAUUGAGAAACUUCAGGCAGGUCUUACGGAUAUUUUGUACACGACCACACUAUGGGGUGACAGCUAGCAAGAGACAGUGUUCUGAAUCGGAUGAUAUUUGUUCAAUCUGCCAAGCUGAAUUUCAGAAGCCUAUUCUGCUUAUCUGUCAGCACACAUUUUGUGAAGAAUGCAUCUCUUUAUGGUUUAAUAGAGAAAAAACGUGUCCACUCUGCAGAACUGUUAUUUCAGACCAUGUUAACAAGUGGAAGGAUGGAGCUACAUCUAUGCAUCUACAGAUUUUCUAAAGCAUGUCAAACAACUUGUUUUACAGUUUGUUUGUUCAAGCUAAGGUUUUUCAGUUUACUGCAGAUUAAAUUGUAGGUGGCACAAGGAAUGAGUUUCCAAAUUCUAGAUACCAUGCUUCUAUGAAAUGUUCCAGUAUUUAAACCAGUGCAGAAAAUGUUAACUUGACCUUCUUAAGUAUAGACAAGUAAGUUUUCAGAAUGAAUGCAGAAAAGCUAGCAUUGCUUCUCUUGUGAUUCUUGUAGGAAACAAUCAAGUUCCUUGAAAAAUGCUGCAUUACUUCUUGCAGCAGCUUCUUAAUUCAACAUUUUAUUUAAAAGUUUAAGUAGAGUUCCAGACUGUACUAAAUUGUAUUUAUCCUUCUAACAUGACUCAAACCAAAAGGUCAACCUAACGUUUUACUAAGAUUAUGAGCAAAUUUUAUACUCUGGACUACAGUGAGAAUUAGAGCUACUUGUCACACUUGGCAUUAAAGAUCCUUUAAUGCUGGCCCAGUAGAUGAGAGAAAUUAGCUUCUUAUUCAUGCACCUGUAACAGCAACUAUUUCUUACUGUACCUGGAGAUAAGCCACAAGAAUAAGACGGUUCCCCUUUAGGUUCUUGUAGACUUCUAAUGGAUCUUUGGCUUAAUACAUAAACCAACCACUGAUGUUAGUUUUUUACUUAGCAUUUUAUAAAGUUGGUAUUUUUAAAACAAAUCUUUAAUACUAUAUUUUUGUCAUAACAGGAACCAGAUUUUCUUACAGGGGCGAAUCUAUUUUAUACUAUAUUUGCAAUGUGUAGUAUGCAUAAAAAUCAGAGAGAAUAAAUGCAUUUAAAUCUAUUUGUUUGGUGCAUGUUGAAUAAAGAAACAAGAUUCAUUACUCUUUCAGUAUUAACUUACGUGUAAGCACAUAACAGCUCACUGCUAGGUAUACUCUUCCUGUUAAACUAAUGUCUCUGAAAAACAAAAAAACCUCCAAAUGCUACAACUUAUUCAUGACUAGUCUUUAUGCUAACUGUAGAGCUAACUUAUGUAUAAUCUCACUUUUUUUUCCUGCUUGUCUUUUUUUCACCUUCCUAUUGAGAUAAGACUGAAAAAACCACUCAAAUUAUUCUGUUACAGCAAAGUUAAAUUGAGUUGCCAUUAACUUGAGCUUGUCUU